CUAAGUGGAAUUGGCAUCACGAUUCGGGGACUGAACGAAAAACAAUCUAAUGGUUGUGGUUUAUUUCAGCGUACAAGUUUAGCAAUUAUGGGGACUGUUUUUGCAUUUUACCUCCCAUGUCUCAUAAUGUUCACCAUCUACCUGAAGAUUUUCCUUGUGGCACAGAGACAGGCACGCAGCAUCCAGAACAGAAAGUCUGCAGCAACUGUCAGUAAGAUGGAGAGAAAGGCCACAAAAACUCUGGCUGUCGUUAUGGGAGUUUUCCUCAUGUGUUGGACUCCUUUUUUUCUUUGUAUCACCUUUUACCCACUGAGUAAUUACACAAUACCAGUUUCUGUGAUUGCAUCGUUUAAAUGGCUUGGAUGGUCUAAUUCAAUGCUCAAUCCAUUUGUUUAUGGGUUCUUUUACACCUGGUUUCGAACAGCUUUCAGAAUGAUUAUUUCUGGGAAAAUAUUUCAAGGUGAUUUUACUAAUUCAAAGCUCUUUUGA